AUGCUCGCGUCUUCAAUGAUGUCUCCUGCCCUGGGGCAGAUUAAAGCCGAGUUCAACGACUCUACCCAAACCCUUAUCACCUUCACCGUCUCGAUCUAUAUCAUUAGUAACGCCGUCGGUCCUUUGGUCCUUGCCCCGUUGUCAGAGACAUACGGUCGCUGCUGGAUCUACCACGCCGGAAAUGUCAUGUACACUGCGUUCUCGGCGGGGUGUGCGUUGUCGCCCAACGCUUCGGCACUCCUGGCCUUACGCCUCCUGGCGGGAUUAGCCGGCAGUAUACCAGUGACCACUGUUGGGGGAACUAUUGCGGACAUGGUUGUCCCAGAGCGACGUGGCUUAAUCAACAGCAUCCUCGGGGCGACCUUGGUCUUUGCGCCGACUCUGGCGCCGGUGGCAGGCGGCUUCUUGGCUGAAUCCCAGGGCUGGCGCUGGAUUUUCUGGUUAGUCACAAUUGUGAGCGGUCUGACUACCAUGCUCGGCUUUGCGCUCCUACGAGAGACGUACAACCCCGUUCUUCUCCAACGCAAAGCUGCACGUCUGCGCCAGGAAUCAGGAAACGACCAGGUCCACACGCACAACAGAACAGACGAGCUCCCCUUCAUGCAAAAGCUCGGACGCGCCCUCCGACGCCCAGUGGUCCUGCACCUCGCCAGCCCCAUCCUGAUCAUCGCAUCUCUCUAUCUCGCCUUUAUCUACGGCGUCACCUACCUCCUCAUCACGUCUAUGCCUCUCGUCUUUCGAGAUGUCUACGGCUGGGGUGAGGGAGCGCUCGGCCUCUCAUCUCUCAGUCUUGGAGUCGGUUGCUUCAUCGGUAUUUCUCUAACCGGCCGAUACAGCGAUCAGAUCUACCAGCGCCAGAAAGAGAGGUCCGGUGACGCCAACCAGGCGGAAUCGCGCCUCUUCUUCCUCCUCCCGGCAGCAGUCUCCCUCCCGACCGGCCUCCUCAUGUACGGAUGGACGGUGCACUUCCAAACCCACUGGAUCGCCCCCCUCAUCGGCACCGCGACCUUCGGCGCAGGCAUGGCGCUCGGAACCGCCGCCAUGUCCAGCUACCUCAUCGAUGCGUUCUCCACCUAUGCCGCCAGCGCCCUCGCCGGUGGUCUGCUCCCACUCAGCGGGCCCGGGAUGUACGAGAGACUCGGCUACGGGUGGGGGAAUACUCUUCUUGGUCUCCUAUCUGUCCUGUUUGGGGGCGGCUCGCUGACUCGAAGUACCCUUCUUCCUCCUUUCCGUUCGCCUGAAGUGUCUAGCCCAACCAACACGAUGGCCAUCAAAGUCAGCCCCAGCGAUCAACAAAUCGAGCAAAGACCCGACAUCGAAUCCCAGAUCCUCAACGCCCUCUUCUCAACACCAUACAGCUGUCUAUCGUUGAAGCAAUUGAGCGGUGGGCUGGGCAAUUUCACAUUCCAAGGGACUUUAGAAGUACCACUCUCACAUAACCGGAGAAGCGUUAUCAUCAAGCUAAGUUUGGCACACACCAAAACUGGCACCUUGGUCUUGCCGACAAUCCGCUGCGCAGCCGAAGCCGUAUCUCUCUCAAUCAUUUACGGCUGCGACUUCACACACAACCACCUUGAAAUUCGAUCUCCCCGCCACCUUCAUCUCGACACCUGCACAAAUCUCCAGGUCAUAGAGGAUAUCCCCAACAUUGGGACCCUACGAAAAUUCCUCUUUCUCAACAAUGUGCUCCCUGACUCAACCGCAAGACUGAUAGGCCACGGCCUCGGACGAUGGCUCGCUGCCUUUCACGCGCGCGAUUGGAGUCAGGCUGGUGAUGACGCAAUAGCGACAUUCCAUCGGAACACAGCUGCUCUACGGACACUAACAAUGCCAUACGAAUACGCGAUGAGUCUGUUCCCCAAUGAUUCGCUCGCUAGAGCGAGCGUCUUGCAUGCGUUCUCUCCGGAUCACCCCAGCCGGCUAUGCAUUAUUCAUGGGGAUUAUACUACGAGAAACUUUCUCGUCCAGCCAAGCAAGAGCCCGAAAGACGUCAAUUUGUCAAUUGUUGACUGGGAACUCUGCCGACACGGCUGCAUCACAGAGGACGUAGGCUCUAUGAUCACAUCCCUCUACGUUCAGUGGCGGUUUGAGGGCUCGCCGUGCGCUGAGUUGAUCCUGCGUGGGUUUAUUCGUGGAUAUGGUCUGUUGGACGAGUCAUUGGUCUUUAGAAUGGCUGGUUUGAUGGGAAUCCAUCUUCUCAUGUGGGAAAAGCUGGGUCUGAUGAGCGGGGGAAAUGUGGACACACGGGCGCAGGAGCUCCAGGCGCAUGCGAAGGAAUUCUUUAUCAACGGGGCCCAGAAGAAUAUAAAGUGGUUGAUGGAUUGUUUUUUGGGCCAGUCAAUAGCCAUCUCUUAUGUCAGCAUUCCCACCGACAUCUUCGCGGCGGUUUCGGCCGCGAAUGGUUUUGUUGAAGAUGAACGAAGCAAAGUUUUCCUUGGGGACGCCACCGCGGCAGAUCAAGUCCCGAUACUUCACAAGCCAGUGCAAGCAUGGCGAAUGGCCGGAGUUGCUGCGAAACUUUGUCUCGAACUCGGUAUCCACCUAGGACGCUUCUUUAAUGGUGCUCUCGUACACCCGGAUCGAUUCACCGAUGUGAAGCGGCUGUUCGCCUGUGUGUAUGAUGUGGACAGGCGAUGUAGCUUUUACUCGAAUCUGCCCUGGACACUUCAUGAUAGAGACAUUGAUAUGUCCACCCUUCGACUAAAGCUCGUCGCCAGUCUACCGACCGGUGACUUCACGCCGUUCGAGCCGACAGUAAAGCCACCACCCUGGCUACAGACCGGUCUACAGCGGUUCUGUCGUCUUCGUGUGCACCACAUCAAAAUGCUGAAUUACAUUGGCUCGUUUGACUCACUAAGAGGUCUAAUCUCCCAACCACAGGCAGCCAGAGCUCUCAUCAGCUCUGCCACGGAGUCGGUGGAGCUCCAUCUCGAAAUGAUGAAUGACGGUGGAACGAGUCCGCUCCUAAUACCUCUGGCAAUCAAAUUUCUUCUCUCUGCUGUCUCAUUCAUGAUUUUGGUGGUCUCGCAUUAUCCGGAAGAGUACGGACCGUUAUGCACCAAACCCUUUCACGCCGCCAUUGAGAUACUCCACAACGCGCAGCAAAGCCGUAAAGACCCGAGUCUUGACGUGAGCAGUACACUGGAAGAGCUACGAAGGAUUGCCGAAGUAAUUCAAUUGCCAUCACCGCCACCACCCAGGCAAUUAGCGCCCGUGACUUUGACAAAUGGCAAACAAGACACCGACAAUAAUGCUCAUCUCAGUCAGGCAUAUGGACCAAAUGUGUUUGAUGAACUUAAACCUCCAGAAUCCAGUCUCUUCUCCAUGUUAGGGGAUGUCAAUGUGGCGGCAAAUGAUAUGUUGUAUAUGGACGAUAUAUUUAGCUAA